GACGAGUUCUUCUUUGCGGUCAAGAAUAAAAAAAUACAAAGUGUGAAAUCUACUGAAAGCUCAGUAGCAUGCAGUGUUUAUUAGCAGUAUGUGGAAUUUUCUUGUUUUGUUUAUACACUGGAACACAUGCUUUGGAAGAGGGUGACACAUGUAAAUUCCAGAAGGAACCCGGUGUUUGCCUUGGCUAUAGUAAAUGUCGCCAGGUACUGGAAUCGUUGGAAGCCCGGAUCACCAUCUGUACUUACAAUGCACAGGAGGCUGUGGUGUGCUGCCCAUCAAACUAUCAAGAUCAUUUGGUCAAGUUGCGGAAUGAAGAGGCGGGCCUAAGGAUCAGUGCUAAGAAGUGCAAAGAUUACGCACGUUUGGCUAUGCCUACUCAGAUCCUGAGCUGGCUUAAACCGGACACUCAACUAAUUCAGAAGCGCGGUAAUCUAUGUACAACGGACAACAAGCUGAUUGUGGGAGGUGAAGCGGCCCAACCGGGUGAAUUUCCCCAUAUGGUAGCUAUCGGUUAUCGAAGACAACAUUUUACUAGCGGCAUCGAUUUCAACUGCGGAGGUUCUCUCAUCAGUGAAAACUUUGUGCUGACGGCAGGGCACUGUCGAACUCGGGACGCCUUUAUGGUUCGAUUGGGUAGCACGGAGUUAUUUGGUAUAGCUGGAGAUGAGCCGGCUUCGGAUGACUACUAUAUUGAAUCGUUCAUUAAGCAUCCGAGUUACACGAUACGAAAUAAGUAUAACGAUAUAGCACUGAUUAAACUGAUGGGAAUGGUGCGGAUGAGUCAACGAAUUCGACCAGCUUGCCUGUAUCAGUCGACGGAAGUGACGGAACCGAAGCUUAUUGCUAUCGGGUAUGGCGCCUUACAGAGCUUCGGCGUCAGCGCCAACCGUUUGAUGAAAGUGGUGCUCGACCAGUAUAAUAACGAGCAGUGUCAGCAGGUGUACCAAGAUUUAGCCAGCCAACCGUCUCUGGCACAAGGUAUACAUGGGAGUCAGCUCUGCGCUGGAUACGCGUCCGGCGGACAUGACACGUGUCAGGGCGAUUCCGGUGGUCCGUUGCAGGUGCGUGACAAAAACGAGGACUGUAUUUUUCAACUGGUGGCCAUCACAUCGUUCGGAAAGGUUUGUGGGACGACCAUCCCUGGUGUAUACACCCGCAUCUCAUGGUAUUUGGAUUGGAUUGAGUCAAUCGUGUGGCCACCGGCUUAGCUGCAAGAAUGCGUAAGAAUGAACAACGAUUUAAUAAUGACGCGGUAAGUCGCUGGGGGAAACUUGUUUACAAAUAAAAAAGACAUGCGAUAAUGCGAUGAUGAGUGCUGGGAAAUCCUUCUUUAUUCGAAAACCGGUUUU